AUGAGUUACGCAAAGAAGGACGAGGACGCCGACCAUACCGGCUUCAAGCUGGACCGCACUGCGGUAUUCCAAGACGCUCGACUGUUCAACUCGUCCCCCAUAUCACCGCGAAAAUGUCGGACCCUUCUGACCAAGAUUGCCGUGCUUCUCUUCACGGGCGAGAAGUUCCCGACCAACGAAGCCACCACUCUGUUUUUCGGCAUUUCCAAACUGUUCCAGAACAAAGAUCCCUCCCUUCGUCAGAUGGUGUAUUUGGUCCUGAAAGAGCUCGCACACACCGCCGAAGAUGUCAUCAUGUCCACGAGCAUUAUCAUGAAGGAUAUGACGGUGGGCAGUGAGAUUGUGUACAAGGCAAAUGCCAUCCGUGCUCUGUGCCGAAUCAUCGACGCGACCACCGUCCAGGGCAUUGAGCGACUGAUCAAGACCGCGAUUGUCGACAAGUCUCCGGCCGUUUCCUCGGCCGCCCUGUUGUCCUCGUAUCACCUGCUUCCCAUCGCGAGAGACGUGGUCCGGAGAUGGCAGAGCGAGACCCAGGAGGCGGCCUCGUCGUCCAAGUCAGGAGGUGGCUUCCUCAGCUUCUCCACCGGCUCAUCCCACUCACUUGCCGCGGCCAGCACCAAUUACAUGAACCAGUAUCACGCCAUCGGCCUCCUCUAUCAGAUGCGCUCGCACGACAGAAUGGCUCUGGUCAAGAUGGUCCAGCAAUACGGGGCGGCCGGGGCCGUGAAGAGCCCGGCGGGAGUCAUGAUGCUGGUCCGACUGGCUGCUCGGCUCGCAGAAGAGGACCCGAGUCUUCGAAAACCCAUGAUGCAAAUGCUCGACACCUGGCUCCGCCACUCGAGCGAGAUGGUCAAGUUCGAAGCGGCCAAGGCCAUCUGCAACACGCCCGAUGUGACCGACGCCGAGGCUGCACAGGCCAUUCACGUCCUGCAGUCAUACUUGACUUCUCCACGCGCGGUCACCAAAUUCGCCGCCAUCCGGAUUCUGCAUGCCUUUGCUUCCUUCAAGCCGCAGGCGGUGCAUUCGGCGAACCCCGAUAUCGAAGCCCUGAUCUCCAACAGCAACCGAUCCAUCGCCACUUUCGCCAUCACCACUCUUCUCAAGACCGGAAACGAAGCCAGCGUCGAUCGUCUCAUGAAACAGAUCUCCAGUUUCAUGACCGAGAUUACCGACGAGUUCAAGAUCACCAUCGUCGAGGCGAUCCGGACCCUUUGCAUGAAGUUCCCCAGCAAACAGGCCGGCAUGCUUACCUUCUUGAGCGGCAUUCUCCGCGACGAGGGCGGCUACGAGUUCAAACGCGCCGUGGUGGAGAGUAUGUUUGAUCUGAUCAAGUUUGUCCCCGGCAGCAAGGAGGAGACGCUGUCCCACUUGUGCGAGUUCAUCGAGGACUGCGAGUUCACCAAGCUGGCCGUCCGGAUUUUGCAUCUCAUCGGGGUGGAAGGACCCAAAACGCCUCAGCCCACUAAAUACAUCCGCUACAUCUACAACCGCGUCGUUUUGGAAAAUGCCCUCGUCAGGGCGGCCGCAGUGACGGCCCUGUCCAAGUUUGGAGUGGGACAGAAAGAUCCCGAGGUCAAAGAGAGCGUCCGAGUGCUUUUGAAACGAUGUCUGGACGACACGGAUGACGAGGUGCGGGACAGGGCGGCUCUGAAUCUGCGGUUGAUGCAAGAGGACGACGACAUUGCCGAACGGUUUAUCAAGAAAGAUACCAUGUUUUCUUUGUCCACCUUUGAGCACAAACUCGUCAUAUACGUCUCGGCCGACGACAAAUCUAUCUUCAGCCAGCCCUUCGACCUCAACUCGGUGCCGGUGGUGUCGCAGGAGCAAGCCUUGGCCGAGGAACGAACGAAGAAGCUGACGACCGCCACCCCUACUCUGAAGGCUCCCAGCACAGGAGCGACGAAACCAAAGGCCAAUGGCUUCGCAGAGACGCCGUCGGCGGCUGCAGCGGCUCAAAAAUACACGCAGAUUUUCUCCAGAAUACCCGAGCUUGCCGCCUAUGGACCUGUCCUCAAGUCGAGUGACGUGGUCGAGCUCACCGAGAGUGAGACCGAAUACGUGGUUUCUUCCGUCAAACACAUAUUCAAGGAGCACGUGGUUAUUCAGUAUGACAUCAAGAACACGCUCGAUCAAACGGUGCUGGAGAAUGUCACCGUUCUGACAUCGCCGUCGGAGGAUGAGGAGCCGAGUCUGGAGGAGGAGUUCAUCAUUCCUGCGACCGCCUUGAAAACCAACGAGCCUGGCGUGGUCUAUGUGGCUUUCAAGAAGCUGGGAGGCGAGCAGUCGUUCCCGACCACGACAUUCUCCAAUGUUCUCAAGUUCACCAGCAAAGAAGUCGAUCCGACAACGGGUGAAGCUGAAGAAGGUGGCUACGAGGACGAAUACGAAGUGGAAAACCUCGAGCUCACCGGCGCGGACUUUGUGCUGCCUGCAUUUUCCGGCAGUUUCGACCACAUCUGGGAAGGAACCGGCGCCAAUGGCGAAGAGGCCAGUGAGACGCUACAGCUGGCGACCAUCAAGAGCAUAACAGAUGCGACGGAACAACUGGCCCAGAGUCUCAGCCUGCAGCCUCUGGAGGGCACGGACGUGGCUCUCUCGAAUACGACGCACACACUCAAGCUGUACGGCAAGUCUGUCACGGGUGGACGAGUCGCGGCGCUCGUCAAGAUGGCAUACUCUGCAAAGUCGGGCGUGACGGUCAAGGUUUCUGUUCGGACGGAUGAAGCGGGCCUGGCGACGUCAGUCAUCUCUGUUUUGUUGUAG